AUGGAAAAUUUGCAAUAUUUAAAAGCGUUAUCAAUAUCUAAAGAAAAUGAAAAUUGUAUUGAUAGUACCUCAUCAAAUACAUCAAUAGAAUGUCAAACUUCUGCAGAUAGUAAAUCAUCUAAUUCAGAUAUUACAUUUGUUCCAUCAUCCUAUGAAGGAUCAAUCAAUUCAUCUCAAGAAUCUAUUAAAAAUUAUAUUAUUACUGCAACAUGGUUUGAUAAAUUUUUAAACAAAACAAAUUAUAAGAUAGGUCUUUUGGUAGCUGAUUAUCCUAAAACAAUAUUAUUUAUAACAUUAUUUUUUACAUUUAUAUGUUCUGUUAAAAUUAUAUUUACACCACAAAAAGAUGAUCUCAGAACAGGAUAUACUCCACUUGAUUCAAAAUCUUUAAUAGAAAUGACAAGAUAUACAGAAUUUUACCAUACUUCUGGAGAACCACUUAAUUUAGGUGUAUUUUUAAUUGCUAAAGAUGGUAUGUCAAUGCAUAGGAUGGCACAAUUAAAUGAAAGUAUUGAACUUAUUGAUAAUAUUGGUAAUGAUUUUUAUAUAACAACAAAUAAUAAUAUUUCAAAAAAUUUUUUUCAAUUUUGUUCUGAUUUUUGUUUAUUUAAUGAACCAAUUAGACAAUUUAGAAAUGGUCUUAUAAUGAAAAAUAUAUCUAGUAAAAUUUUUGAUACAAGAAUUAAUUUAACAUUUCCAUUUAUAACAAUGAUGGGUGCUACACUUGAUUUAAGUCCAAAUUUUUUUGGUGUAACAAUAAAUAAUAAUAAUGAUCAUGAUAGUAUAACAAAUAUUAAAAAUUUAAGUUUAAUUAUUUUACAAUUUCGUGCUGAUCAAUCAUCUGAAAUGACAAGAGAUGAUAUUAUGAAAUGGGAAAGAAAUGUAUGUAAAUAUAUUAAUACUCAAUAUCAAGGUAAUUAUGUUGAAGCAAAAUGUUUAGCAUUAACACUAGUUGGUGAUGAAGUUGUCAAAACAGGAAUGACAUUGUUUCCGUUUAUAUCAGUUGGAUUUGUAAUAAUGUCAAUUUUUUCAAUUAUAACAGUUUUUAUGUCUGGAUAUUAUUUUAAUCAAUGGAGUAAACAUAAAUUAUCAAUGGCAUUAAUGGCAUGUAUAUGUCCACUUCUUGCAACAUCAACUGCAUUAGGUAUUUUAUUUUGGUUUGGUUUUAGAUUUGGUUCAAUAUUAUGUGUUACACCAUUUUUAGUAAUGGCUAUUGGUGUUGAUGAUGCAUAUUUAAUGAUUCAUUCAUGGCAACGUAUAUGUAUUCAAAGAAAUAAAGCAUAUAUAACUAAAAAAACUCAAUAUACAAAAGAAUAUUUUUCAUUACGUAAUCGUAUUGGUGAAGUAUUAGUUGAUGUUGGUCCAUCUAUAACAAUAACAUCAUUAACAAAUAUCUUAGCAUUUGCUGUUGGUGCAUACUCUCCAACACCUGAAAUACAACUUUUUUGUAUUGCAAAUGUUGUCGCAAUAUUUUUUGAUUAUUUUUAUCAAAUAACAAUGUUUUUAAGUAUUAUUGUUAUAGGAGGACAAUAUGAAAUAAAAAUAGAGGAAAAAAAAAAAAACUUAAUGUUUAAAGAAAAUAUUUGGCUAAAAGAUAGAUUAAAAAAUUUUAUGAAGUCUUAUUUUAUGAUUUUUUAUCUUUCAUGGUCUUUUCAAUCAGCAAUGACAAUAAAAGUUCAAUUAACACCAGAUAAGCUUUUUCUUAAAGAUUCAAUUAUUCAUGAUAUUAAUAAAUUACGUGAUGAUAUAGUUGUACCAAAUUAUUUAGUUAUGAAAGUUUUUAUAAAUAAUGCAUCAAAUCUUGAUGAUUCAGUAAAAUUAAAUCAUUUAAAUGAAAUGGUUACAGAAUUAGAAACAAUGAAAGGAUGUUUAGGAUCAAUGUAUUCUAAAUAUUGGAUAAGAUCAUAUGAUGAAUUUUUAAACACAAUGAAAGAAGAAGAAAAUGAAAUAGAUGAAGAAAUAGUUGAAAAAAAUAUGACAACAGAAUCAUUAAAUAUAUCAAUUUAUAGUAAAGAAAAAAUAAGUAAAUUUCUUAAUUGGCCAGAAUACAAUUAUUGGGGUGGAUUUUUAAGAUUUAAUGAAACAACAAAAUUAUUAGAUAGAUUUUUUAUAACAAUAGCAUUUCAUGGUAAAGAAUUUACUGAAUGGGAUUAUAAAUUAGAAAUAUUAAGAAAAUGGAGAAAUAUUGUUGAGAAGUAUAGUGAUCUUGAUGGAUCAGUAUAUUUUGAAGAUGCACCAUUUUUAGAUCAAAUAGAUACAAUUGUACCUGCAAUGGUAUCAUCUUCAUUUUUUACAUUAUUAUGUAUGGCUAUUGUAUGUAUAAUAUUUAUGAAAAAUUUUUUUACAAUGAUUGUUGCAACAAUAUCAAUAUUAUCAAUAUGUAUAGGAGUUUUUGGUUUUCUAGCAAUAUGGGGAAUUGAUUUGGAUCCUAUUUCAAUGGCAACAACAAUUAUGUCAAUUGGUUUUAGUGUUGAUUUUCCAGCACAUAUAAGUUAUCAUUAUUAUCGUGCUGGUGUUGAAAGUAAUUAUAAAUUAUCUGUUGAACAUAGAAUAUUAGAAUCAUUAGUAGCAAUUGGUUUUCCAUUAUUACAAUGUGGUAUAUCAACAAUAUUAUUUGUUACAUGCCUUCUUUUUAUUGAUACAUAUAUGUCACAAGUUUUUGUUAAAACAAUGAUUUUAGUUGUUACAUUAGGGUUAUUACAUGGAUUAAUAAUUGUACCAUCAUUUUUAUGUUUAUUAUCAAAUAUAAAUGAUUUCCUUUUCUCUAAUUUUAGUACAAUACAGGUAUCUAAUGUAAAGGACAAAACUACAAUAAAUAAUUUUUUUAGAAAUUUGUUAUUAAACAAACGUUUUUUACAAAAAAAAAAUAAUGAUACAUUUUCUAAUGUAGAAACAUUAAGUAAAAAUGAUAUAAUGCCUUCAAUUAAUGGUAACGGGAAAAUAUAUGAUAACAAUGGAAAAAUUUCAGUUUUAAUUAGUAACUAUCAGUAG